CCCGGUGUGUGUUCGUAUGCUGCUCACAGUCAACAGAGGAGUGCCAGACACUUGGUUGCUUGCUGCUCCUCAGGAUGGCUUCUGGCAAAAUAAUUAAGCUGGUGUUUUUUGAGCUUCUGGAGUUUGCUGCCUUCUCCAUUCCUACCCUGGUGAUAAUGGAACAAUUUGCUACUUCCUAUCAGAGCACAAAGAUUUCAUCUGACAGAACGCACUAUUGGCUCAUUGUUUCCUGUUCCAUUGCCUAUGUGGCUGUAGUGAGUCUCUUGAUCUGGGUUCCGAUAAAAGUUGUCUUAUACAAGAAACGGCAUCUUUACAAAAAAAUUAUAGGAUGGAGACCUGUGCUGCUGAUGUGUGUGGCGCUCACCACUCUCCCCAGCUUCAGCUUUUCUAUAGCAGUCACCGAGGUUCAAAAGAAUGGCAAUGGAACACUGCCUUCUGAUUUGUUACCUGACCUGCCAGUGUCUGUGGUUCUGUUGUCCCUGAUUGUGGUUGACAUUAUUGAGAAACUCAGGAUAUACCCUCUAAGAGGAAGUCAAAAGAGUUAUGAAGACAAUGACAUCAAUAUAACCUCUUUGCAGCAGAUAAAAACUGUGACAGAGCAGGUGGUACAUCACAAUGGAAAUCCCGCGCCUGCCCAGGCAACCAAGCCCUCUAUGAUGUCCCUGCCCCACCACCACAUGACAGCACUGGUGGGACCCCAGGAGCCCUCCUUUCAGGAUGGAAUCCUGAGGACGAUGUCUCACAGAGACGUCCGGGCUGAUCUGUUCCUGCGAAGCUUCCUCACAUGGGCGGACACUAUGGAAAUGCUGCGUGUGGCUGGACAUCCAUCUGUGUACAAAUCAGGCUGGCUGUACCCAGUCUACAUAUUCAGUUUCAUCUCUCUGCUGAGGAUGAUCUUCACGCCUAAGAACCCUCUUCUCAAUUCCAUGGGGGUCCUGCUGCAGGAUUUACCAUUUAUUUUUCUGAGACUCAGUUUAAUCAUUGCCCUGGGGACUAUCACACCAGUAUUGGGCCUUUGUAAAAAUGUCCUAGUGACUGUCUCCUAUAUUUACUUCAACUAUGUAACGAAACUCAGGCCUUUCUCUGCCUUUGAAACCUCUCCAUUUUAAGCAGCAAAUGUUAAGAGAGUAAGUCCUCUUGAUUGUGCAUAUAAACACAGUUGCAAAGUCUUUCUAGGUAUAAGCGUUUGCACUAUAUAGAAUUAACUGCUUCCAAACUGUAGCAUAGCUAUUUUUUUUUACAUAUACAAAUGGUGCUACGUUUAAGCAAAGUUAUAACCUUCCAUAUUGCCUCUUCUGGGCUUAGUCGUUGAUUUUAGCCAUGCAUAUCCCACCUGUUGCUAAAAAUCACUCCCAAGUGAAGCCUUUUAAAGUGGUGGGAACCAUGAACUAGCUCAGGAAUCAGAUUUUCAUUAUGUGUACAUUGAAGAACAUUGUAUAACUCAAUGAACUGAAAUUAGGUUUAUAAAAUAACCUGAAGAUAUAGAAUAUAUUUUAGAGUUUGCUUGAAAAUCUGAAAACUGUGGCUUUAGGGUCUCCUUCAAACAUAAAAUUACGUAUAUUCUCUGUCUAUAGUCUGUCUGAUUUUGUUUUCAGCAGUGAGGAUUAAAUCAGAGCUCUGGACACACUAUCCUAGUGCUCUACCAAUGAGCUGCAUCCUUAGCCUUAGAAAUAUAUUUUAUUUUGGCCCUGCUAUAAUGACCUCUAUUCAACUCAUUGUUUGUGUAAAAGCAAAAAGCAAGCAAGCAACCAACCAAACAAAAAAUCCAUGGGACUUGAGCUGCCACCAGCUCAGCAAUGCUUCAUUAGCGUUCCUCGGCUGGAGUAGCAGGGCAGUACGUCAGUGUCGAGUCAUGGAGACAAGGUACACUGUGAGUCCUAGAUAAAGUUUUAUAAUGGAAGCCAUAAACUGAAGACAAAGCAGAAGAAGGUAAUAUUUAUGGAAUUUGAUACGAUCAUAAAACAAUCAAGUACAAGCCAUAUUUAAAAUGAUAGUUUGAACUUAGCGUGGUGGUAAGGUGUCUUAUCUAGCAGUAGGUCAUAAAUAUCUUUGUGCUUUGGUAAUCAUGCACAUAGUCAUGGGCUCUGCAGGUGCUGUGUUGGCACAGAUGUUUUAGCCACAGCAAAGGGUCGCAAUUAAGAGAGGGUUGUAAGAGGCUUAUGCGUGUAGAGUAACGAUUCCUGUCACUCUCCUCCCUGACCCAUGGAAACAAAUAGCUUAUGAAUAGAUUGAUAACUCCUAGUGUUCCUGGCCUCUACACUGAGACCCACAGGCUCUUUUCCCAUUGUGUUUUAUGGGCCUCACGUUGAAGAGAAAAUCUACUUACAAUUAUGAAGCCUUGGAAACCUUGCCUGUCAGCUAUGUGAUUUGGGUCUGAUUCCUUGACAGCUGUGCCCCUCACUGCUAUGUGUAAUAGAUGAACACAAUAUAAAUACUCCUUUAAUAGUGUUGGGUGAUUGUAGGAUUUGGAGUGCUCUCAACACAGUGUCUCAUAAUUAAUAACACUUCCACACCCCUGACCCCACUCUGGGAAUGAUAGUUUAUACCUGGCACUUGUGAGACGUAACAUGUAAGAACUCUUAAGGCUACCUCAGACUACUAGGUUUUGUUUUUGUUUUUUUUAAUCAAUUACUCUUGUAGACAAUAGUGAACGAUCUGUUAAAUACUCAGAUGAAAGUGAAUGUGAGAAUUCUUUCUCCCAUUUGAAUAAAACUUCUAUGAGUUUUCAAAUAACCCAGACUAUACCACUUUAGUUUUCUUUUCUUUUGAUUUUUUUAUUAUGUAACCCAGGCUGUUCUGAACUCACUAUAUAGCUGAAACUUUUCUUGAACUCCCCAUCCUCCUGCCUCCACCUCCCCAGUGCUAGGAUUACAGGUACGUGCCACCUACGCAACACAGGGUCUUUUUGUUUUGCAUUGCUGAAGUUUAAACGCAGCCUCAUCAGCUCUCUGGUGCCACAUAGGCCAGACUGCACUUUUUGAUUUUGAAGACUUUUGAUUAUAUAUUUACUUUUCUUGGUUCCAUGUUAACUUGUCAGUCCUCUAUCUCCACCGGUAUUUCUAACAUAAAAUGCAUAUUAUAUAUCUUUUAAAAUUAGGUAAUGCCUAUAACCAAGUGACUAAUUUACCGUAUCUAUAAAUGUGAAACUCAUUUACAUAAAUGCAUAUAUCUUUAUAUUGAAAUUUAGAGUGAGUGGCAUUCAGUAAACUUGGAAGUAUUAUCUUAGCCUGCAUUUUGUAUCUGGCAGUUGAACUUGAAUAUGCCUGAUAUUUGGGGAUGUUGGCAAUACUGUAUACAGAUAAUGAAGGCAUAUAUAAUAGAGCAUGUAAGUCCGGAAAAGCCUUGAGUCUCUAACCUAACCGAAUGUACAGAUGUUUAUAAAGUUCAAGCCUAUGGUAUUUAAGAUACAUCACAAAACUUAUGCUAAUGUAGUAAUGAUAGUUCUACACUAUGUGAUUAAACCUGUAUUACUAAAUUAUACUGUAAUUCUCAUAGCUGUUUAUAGUUGCUGGUAUUACGGUUUUGUGUCCUAAUAAAAAGCUUAAUUUCUGUUGUAAAGUGUGAAUACCAGAUCUGUUCUAGACUGUAUAACAUUUAACCUCAAAUAAAAUCUGUAGCUGUA